AUGGAUCCAUUCGAUAGUGAAUUUGAUGUUGAGAAUGCAUUGACUAAUGAGGAUAUUCAUUAUGAAGCACUGCUUUCAUCACCUUCUUCUUCAACAACGACAAUCAAUCAGCAGUUGGAAUCUAUCAAUCAGUUCGAACGUUUCUUAUGCGAAACAAAUCCUCACUUAUGUGAACGUCUCAUUGAAAUUGAUCACGAAGCUGUUCAGCGUUCUGCACAUAAACUCUCUUUACCCAGCGGUAAAAGAAGAGAGGAACGAUUAGCGGCACUCUGUGCAAGACGAGAUGAACUUCAGCAACUGGAGAAUGAAAAGGAUAAUAAAGAAGCAUCAACGAGCGCAUCAUUCCAGCAUAAAACCAUACCAAUUCAGCUAAAAUUACACUCCAGAAACUUUAAUCAAAGAUUGUAUGACCGAACAUCGGUCGCUUACCACAAGUCAAACAAUAUGUUCAGUGGACCUCUGGAGAGGUUAUACGAAUGGGUGAAUGAACGAAAACGUGUGCGAAUCACGUUGAGGAGUUUAUCUCGAGUUAGUUCGGUUAUAACAGCCGUUAUUGUGGCGUUCGAUAAACACUGGAAUAUGAUUAUCAGGGAUGGUGAUGAUAAAUUCUUGCCAAGUGUACGACAACAACAUCAAAUUUUCUGUGGUACAGAUUGGUUACGCCCUUACAACUACAAACGAGUUCAACCCGCAGAUAGCGAUCAGACGAAUUCUACUGAUGGAAAGUUUUCAGAUGAGUUCGGUAAUAUGGCCACUCUUGCAAGUGAGAAGUACCCUGAAAGAAGACGUUGUUUGCUUGAAAGACAUCUGAAGUGUUCGUUUAUUAGAGGUGAUAAUGUUGUGCUGAUAAGUGCGCUUUGUUGA